AUGUGGAUUAGCUCGCUAAAUUUCUUAAUCCUUGUGUCAAUAUCGGAGUUGUGCUGUGCUUCCAAUGCACCAGGAACUAACGACACACUUCACUGCUGUAUGAAUUGUCGCGAGGAGGCUCGCGAAUGUGCACUCAAAUGCGUGCAUCCCCUUUUACAAGAAACUGGAUGCAUGGAGGAAUGUCAGUUUCAUUUUAAUACAUGCACAAAAAAUGUCUGCAACAUUGUGGAGUACUUGGAUCCUGUUCUAAAGCACUACGAUAAUGAUUGCGCCUUAUCCCUUGAAUAA